UUUUCUAGCAUUGGGAGGCUUACUAUGUGGUUAUAACUUUGCAGUGAUGACAGGAAUCCUAUUGAUGCCAUCGUUUCAACAAGAUAUGGUUAAUGUAGAUGAUGGAACGAGUAGUGUCAUGAUCAGUGCAUUAAUGGCUGGUACAGUGAUUGGUGCCAUUUUUUCAGGACCAUUAGCAGAUGCGAUUGGAAGAAAGGCACUCAUGGCACUAGGAAUUAUUGCAUUUAUCUUUGGUAAUGUUCUUCAAGUUGGUGCAGAUAAUCUAAGUACAAUGUAUGGUGGAAGAAGCGUGACAGGUGUCAGUAUUGGGAUGCUCUCUAUGGCUGUGCCAUUGUAUCAGUCAGAAAUUGCACCAAAGAAUAUGCGUGGUAGAUUGAUGUCUAUCCAACAAUUCACCAUGACACUAGGAAUAGCAGUAGCUUAUUGGAUUGAUUAUGCAUUCAUGGAUGUGGAUGGAUCUACAGGAUGGAGACUUGCCAUUGGAAUUCAACUUAUACCUGCACUCUUUGGUCUGAUAGGAUUACUCUUAUUAAUUCCAGAAAGUCCUCGCUACUCUAUUGAUAAAAAGCAUACGACACAGGCACUUCACACUCUUGCCAAGAUUCGUGGGGAUGGCACAAUAACACAUAAUGCAGCAUUGAUGGAAUUUGUAGAAAUGAAGCAAAAUAUCACUUUUGAACACAAGAUUUUCAAGAAUGAAAAGUAUAAACGUAUCUUUUUUUCUGGACCUGAAAACAAUCGAAGGAGACUUCUCCUUGGCAUGGGCGUUCAGAUAUUUCAACAACUGACAGGCAUUAAUGCAAUAUUAGUAUUUGCUCCCCAAAUAUUUAAAGCCGCUGGAUUGUCUGGAAAAGGCGUUGCACUCAUGGCAAAUGCGCUGAGUGGAUCGAUUAAUCUACUGGCAACCAUACCUGCUAUGAUCUUUAUUGAUAAAUGGGGUAGACGACCUACCAUGAUUAUCGGAGCCAUUGUUUGCUGUAUUUGUAUGGGAAUUAUGGCCAUUUUAGCAGGUAGACAUGGAUACGGACAUGAUGUAGUUACUACAGAAAACGAUACUGGUAAUAGUAUGAGCAUGGUUGAUCAAAAAAACCCUUUGGUUCUUUUAUUUGACACCAAUGCACCUACUAUCGGAUUCUUGGUUGUCAUGUAUGUCUAUGUGGCAGCAUAUUCAUGCACCUGGGGUACACUGGGUUGGGUUUAUCCUGCCGAACUUUAUUCUCAAGGUGUAAGAGCCAAAGCUCUUGGUAUAUCAACAGCCUUCAAUUGGAUAACGACUUAUGCAGUACUUCAACUAACACCCAUCAUGCUACGAAAUAUUGAAUGGAGAACAUAUGUACUAUUCUGCGUGAUGUGUCUCAUCAUUGCUAUCAUUGUUCAUCUCUACUUUCCCGAAACAAGUGUAUGUGUAUCAUUUGUAUUCCAGAUAAAGAAAAACUCACACUGAUCACCAUUAGG